AUGGGCAACGCCGCCGCCGCCAAGAAGGGCAGCGAGCAAGAGAGCGUGAAAGAAUUCUUAGCCAAAGCCAAAGAAGAUUUUCUUAAAAAAUGGGAAAAUCCUGCUCAGAACACAGCCCACUUGGAUCAAUUUGAACGAAUCAAGACUCUCGGCACGGGCUCCUUCGGGCGGGUGAUGCUGGUGAAGCACAAAGAGACCGGGAACCACUAUGCCAUGAAGAUCCUUGACAAACAAAAGGUGGUGAAGCUGAAACAGAUUGAGCACACCCUGAACGAGAAGCGCAUCCUGCAGGCGGUCAACUUUCCGUUCCUUGUCAAACUCGAGUUCUCCUUCAAGGACAACUCAAAUUUAUACAUGGUCAUGGAGUACGUGCCCGGUGGGGAGAUGUUCUCACACCUGCGACGGAUCGGGAGGUUCAGUGAGCCCCAUGCGCGCUUCUACGCCGCCCAAAUUGUCCUGACCUUUGAGUACCUGCACUCGCUUGAUCUCAUCUACCGGGACCUGAAGCCGGAGAACCUCCUCAUCGACCAGCAGGGCUACAUUCAGGUGACAGACUUCGGUUUCGCCAAGCGUGUGAAAGGCCGCACCUGGACCUUGUGUGGGACCCCCGAGUACUUGGCCCCUGAGAUCAUCCUGAGUAAAGGCUACAACAAAGCUGUGGACUGGUGGGCCCUGGGGGUCCUUAUCUACGAAAUGGCCGCAGGCUACCCGCCCUUCUUCGCCGACCAGCCCAUCCAGAUCUACGAGAAGAUUGUCUCUGGGAAGGUGCGGUUUCCGUCCCACUUCAGCUCUGACUUGAAGGAUCUGCUGCGCAACCUCCUACAAGUGGACCUCACCAAGCGCUUUGGGAACCUCAAGAAUGGGGUCAAUGAUAUCAAGAACCACAAGUGGUUUGCCACAACUGACUGGAUUGCCAUCUACCAGAGGAAGGUGGAAGCUCCCUUCAUACCAAAGUUUAAAGGCCCUGGGGACACAAGUAACUUUGACGACUAUGAGGAGGAAGAGAUCCGAGUCUCCAUCAAUGAGAAGUGUGGCAAGGAGUUUUCUGAGUUCUAG